UGCAGCACACACAGCUUGUCUUCUAGGCUCUGGCUGGCUCCACUCCACUGUGCUGUUCCUGGUGGUCAUUCCAUGGUACUGGCUUCUCCAAAACGCCAGGGUCUUGUGUGUGGAGUACUGAAUAGUGCCGGUAUGUGGGGACACAGUUGUGGUGGCUGCGGGGCUGGUUAGAAGCUACUAAAGUUCCUGUGGACUCAAGUAGAAUUUUGUAAAACAUAAUAGAUGGUGAGGAGAAAGCCUAGGGUUGCUGUGAAGGCUCUGACACCAUGUGUGUCGCUAAUAUCUUCUGAGGGCCAUGAAUUUAUUGUAAAAAGAGAGCAUGCAUUUACACUGGGAACAAUAAAGGCCAUGUUGAGCAGACCAGGGAAGUUUGCUGAGAAUGAGGUCAAUUUUAGGGAGAUCCCUUUGCAUGUGCUAUCCAAAGUAUGCAUGUAUUUUACCUACAAGGUCCGCUACACGAAGAGCUCCACCAAGAUUCCCGAAUUCCCGACUGCACCUGAAAUUGCAUUGGAACUGCUGAUGGCUGCAAACUUCCUAGAUUGUUAA